UUCAGACCUCUACGACCACUGCCCCUACUUCAUCGACAACUCCGGCACUACCAACGAUCUACUUUGGGAAUGUGCACGGAAUAAACGAUGCGGUCACUCGGAAUAUAUGCGAUGGUGAACAAUCUCUUCUUCAUAGCACAUUUGUCGCAUUCUGAAACUGGUAUUACCGCUUUUGGAGGUUUGAAAAAGCGAGGCAAAGGGAGCUCAGAAGUUUUAACAUAUGCCCGGCGAACUGAGAGUCAAAAGAAAACGAUUCGCGAUCAAGCUGGAUGCGUUGUUAGCAAGUGCAAUUCGACUGUCACAGGCCUCUCGUGCAAUGAGGUGCGACUGGAAAUUUACGACAUCCAAAAUGAAGUCCCGAUGCAUUUUACGAUAGUACCCUUUCGUGUCCACACAAGAAGGAGUUGCCGGUACACAAAUUGCAUGCAUCCCUGCCUUCCAGAACACGUACCAGGGAACCUAUCUCAAUUAUUUCGUUUCCCAAUAUCAUAUUUCGGACGGCACGAAGUUCCUUGUUCAAGCAAAUUGUGAUCAAUUGACCAAGCGUGUUUCGGUUACGGGAUCCGGCUCAAGUGGUGUGUUGUACAGCCCAACCAGUCAUGCCCGGCACACUUUUUCGUCCAACUAAUACUUGGGAGGUCCGCAGGAACACUACUACCACCUUUCGGCUUAACCUCGGAUAACUCUUCCGGGCAUGUUGUACUUCCACUUGGUGAUGUGCAAGCGGGGGAUUACACGACACACACAGCAUCUGACAAACUUGCCGGCGUCGCAGGGAAUAUUGCCAUUUACGAUUCGGAUGGCGCAAACUUUUCUCAGUGAGUUUGAUAGUAUGAUGAAUGACAAGGAGGAUUUCUGUUCUGACGACGUUGUGAUGGACUGUCCCAGAGCGUCCAUUGGCCAGAAUGGAGAUAACUCCUUGACUUUCAC